CCCCAUUUUUGACACAGAAGAUCACGAUUCUGGUAUCUCUCUACCCCCCACUAUGUCGCCGCGGCUGUCUGCAUCCACGCUGUACAAUCAUCUCCAGUCCCAGACCCACCUUUGUGACACCGAGGCAUCCAAGGGUGCCGUCCGUUUCUCCUCGCGAGCUCUCCCCAGUGCCGACUCUCCCUAUGCAUGUCAUAACCACCGCCGGCCUGUCACCCACCACUGCACUAUGGAUAAUGCAAUGUAUUGUCGAUAGGUGUGCCCAAGUCCACCAUCGACACCUACGGGCCCCAACUCCACCCAUCUGCAACAGUCUUGGUCAUAUUCGCAAUGGUACGGUACAUAUCGUCCUAGAACUUUUUGGAUGCCACUCGUUUUCACCUUGCGGCACGUUUCUGCA